ACAGAAAAGAAACCAACUCUGUAGCUCUCUCUCUCUCUCUCGUCUGACAUUUUGCAAACUCUUCCACAUGCACAGUGUACAGCGUGAAGCCCUCUCCAUGAAAUAUUGAUGCUGUGAAGCCAUGUACUUGUAGGUGGGCGAGCAGACGUGCUAAAUGUAUGUGUUUUCAUCGGCGUGAAUGCCCUCUUCUCCCGUCCGGCCUGGCGCAGCGAGAGUGGGAACGUCUUUGCUGUCUGUCAACGAAACCGGUGUGCGAAAGAUGCUGGAGCUUCACGUAGUCCCAGAGCAAUUGAUCGGCGAUGACCAAUGGGAGUUCGUUCUGGGCAUGCACUUUGCUCAAAUUGUAGCCAUAUUGAAGAGCCAGGCUACAACCAUUGGAAAUGUUAAGUUUAUUUACAAUGCGCAGAACCCGCUCCUGGAUGACAUGGUGCUGGAUUUGGUGAAUGAUGGCAUCGCGUUAUUCUUCUGCCCUCGGGCUCAACGGCUACGGCGGAUUGAGGUGUAUAAUAUGGACAAGGUAGUGCUGAAGUUCAACAACACUGACUAUUUCAACAAGCGACCGCAAGUCACGCCGACGCUGAGUCAUAUCUCGCACGUGUUCGGGCCCACCAACCCGUUCGUGAUCAAGAGUGAAAACGGCCGUCCCAUCUUAGUCAUGACGUUCCGGGGCCUCUGCUUCAUCUUUCCAGUAGACAGGACGAACGAUCCUCAGCGGCAGAGUGAGGAUGGUCUGAAUGUAGUGAGUUAUGCCCAGGAGACUGCUCCCGUUCUCUCUAAAAUGGUCGUGUUCAGCGGGCUGGAUCUCUCUGCCAAUGUGCUGGCUAGGUUGCCGUUACACUGCUACGUGGGUAACAUCUACGCCGAGUACGUCAAGGUUCUCCGCUCCGGCGUCCACACCACCGGGCUGGAGGUGUGCGUGGCGUACGAACCCUGCGGCCGAGAAGAUCGCGGCCAGACCCCGGAGCGAAAGGUGUCGGUGCUGCGCUUCGGUGAUAGCACCCAGGCGAUCCAGUCGGCGCUCGGCAGUCCGUGCAAGAUCCACUUCAAGCCGGACGAAAAGAUUUAUUGCCUGCAUGCAGCAGAUCCAGCACGUAACUCCUACGAAGACAGGCCAGCCGACUACUUCUACAACUAUUUCACCCUGGGAUUGGAUGUUGUGUUUGACGCAAACUGCCACACCGUGAAGAAGUUCAUUCUGCACACAAACUUUCCGGAGCACUAUGACUUUGAGCUGUACCACCGGUGCAAUUUCGAGGUCUUCUUGGGUAGCAACGGUGGCAGCGGCUCUGCUGAUGCGCUGGACCUGUCCAGUGCCGGAGCAACGGCCUCGGACACCGUUUCCAGUGCCGGCGCCUCAGCCGCCGCUGCCACCACCGCUUCCGCUGGUGCCAUGUAUGCCAUGGCAGAUACUCCCGACGUUGACCCGUCCAGCUCCUCCAUGGUAGAGUUCUCCAUGCAGCAAGGCAUGCUUGUCAACUCAUGCACAAAGUGGGAAGAAAUCGUGGCGUUUCGCGGAGGCCACCGUUCGUUCUCUCCCAUCGUGGUGAUCAGGAAUGAUUCUACCAACGCCAACAAUUUAUUUGGCAACAGCUGUUGCUACUGCUACCAGAAUAUUAUCUUCGAUACCAUCCGGCCGUCGGGUCACAUAGCAACCGUGACUCUUUACCCGAGUGGGAGUUGAACUGCGUUCCUCCCGCUGCCUGGACUGUCCGAACCAGGAGGUCAGCUCGCAGCUGGCUUCUCUCUCUCUCUCUCGAACGACGGUGAAUGGAUUGUUCUGCGUGCCAGCUGUCCGUAGAUACGUGUGUGUGUGUGUGUGUGUGUAUGUGUGUGUAUGUGUAUAUAUGCAUGUAUGUGUGUGUGUAUGUGUGUGUGUGUGUGUGUGUGUGUGUGUGUGUGUGUGUGUGUGUGUGUGUGUGUGUGUGUGUGUGUGUGUGUGUGUGUGUGUGUGUGUGUGUCUGGAAGUGCCACUCCUUGCUCCAACGGCAUGUGGCGUGUCUUGUCUGCGUCUGCAAGUCUUCGUGAAGCGUAGUCUGCGUAGAGUUUCUAGAAACGCAGUUUGUUGCAGCACCCAAAGUCCUCAGCAUGGACGGGUGUGGUUGUUACUGUUAGUGAAUCCUUCAAUCCUGGGUUUCACAGCUGUGCCAUAGCGAUAAGAGGCAACGCUCUUGUCUUUUUUCUGCUCGAGUGCCUCGUGCACAAGUGCAUUGUGCAUGCUGGUCGGUGCUGUGGUACGAGCAUGUUCGCCACUGCCGCGUUCUCUCUCGCUCACACACACUCACUCACUCUCUCACUCACACACUCACUCACACACUCUCUCACACACACUCACUCACUCACUCUCUCACACACUCCUUGCUGUCUCUGGGGUCAUGCAGGUUUCGUGAUAAUUAUAUCGCUAGACCAGACUUUCUCUUUCACUUUGUUUUUUAUUAUUUUUUUUAUUAUCCUUCGCUUUGCUGCUAUAGUGGAAUGGCCGGUCAUUGAACUGUGGCCUCAUCAAGAAUAUGUGUGAUGCACUGCUACGCUGCGCAUGCAUUAUACUGCAUACUGCUAGGUUGCGUUGGGCAGGGCCCCAUUCCCCUCAGCCCUGCCCGAUGGGUGUGUUGGGCAGGGCCCCAUUCCCCUCUGCCCUGCCCGAUGGGUGUGUUGGGCAGGGCCCCAUCCCCCCGCCCUGAAAAAAACAUACUUUUCUAAUAAUUGUCGGUGCGCUACACGUCUACUACUCUCAUUGUCGACGCUGCAACUAUGGCACUAUUUCAAUUAGUUCAUCAGUCAUGAAAAAUGUCCGUGCAUAUUAUCGCAACCGACCUAUCCCACUCAACCUACUCUGCUGCCAUUCAAACUGGUUUAUUGAUCUACUCAUACCGGCCCAAAACCUGUUUUUUUUAUAAUAAUAAUUAUAUUAUUCUUAUCUGAUGAUUUAUUCGCCAAAUUAGCCACCACGCUGCGUACUCUUUCACGCUUUGCCACUCGGUCCGUCUGUGGACGGCUGUUCUUUACAUUCCCCUCCCUAGGUGUAGCGUGAUCAGGAACUUCGCCUGCACGCGCGCGCACGCACACAUAGUUUAAGCUUCAGCUGAGAAGUGGUCAUACUCUCUUUGCUUCGCUCCCCCUUUCCUUUCAGGUUUUAAAACCAAGUGACCAUAUGAAUAUGUGCUUCAGAGUACUUGUACUUGUACAUGCAAGUGCACUUAGAAUUCUAUCCGGACUCCUGUAGUCCGCUGCUGGUG